CAUCGCAGCGACCGUCGAUCGCACUUUCUCGAUUUUGUCUCGAUUUUGUGGAACGGACUAAACAUCGAUCACCGUCGGCAUGGCUCCAGUGGGCUUCGUGGAUCGUCUCAGGAAGCUGUAUGCCAAGCAAAGUGGCGACCUUCCACCCGUCCUAUCAGUCAGCACUGCCGCCUUUCUCUCAAUUCUCGUCACUCUUGCAUAUGUGGUGCCGUUCUAUAUCUCGAAACAAACGCGGCCGUCCGCAUCUCUCAGCCGAGAUGCACCAUCAGUGAUUCGCAGUAGGGUGCGAGCCGUGACCCUGGCAUGCAUCGGAAGCACCUUUUUCAUGUUAGCCAUCAUCACCCUCAAGGCCAGUGCAUCGCUUCCUGAAGCCCUCAAGCUUCUUGGCUACUGGCCCAUUGGCUUCCUCGAGAUCCUAAAGAGCUUUCUUCUCACUGCCAUUCUAUUCAGCGGCCCUCUUUUCGAGCGAGGAAUCGUCGAGAGAGACUGGAUGCUAGGCAUCCGUGGAGCGGCCAUCGCCGAGUCCCUACGCAGCUGGAUCGGAUUUCGUAACUUUGUCGCCGGCCCGAUUACCGAGGAAGUCAUCUUCCGAUCCAUCAUCAUUUCACUUCACCUACUAGCGAAAAUGACUCCAACGCGCAUCGUCUUUAUUUCGCCGCUCUACUUUGGCAUUGCACAUGUGCAUCACUUUUACGAAUUCCGCCUCACCCAUCCAGACACCCCCGUCAUCGCAGCCGUACUCCGCUCACUCUUCCAAUUUGCAUUCACCACCGUUUUCGGCUGGUUCGCCGCAUUUGUGUAUCUGCGCACAGGGUCUUUGCCGGCGGUGAUUCUCGUGCACAGUUUCUGUAACUGGUGUGGACUGCCUCGGGUCUGGGGGCGUAUCGAAGCGGGAGUCCGCAUCAGCCCGCCUGUCGUCCGCGGCAAGGACGAUACGGAGGUCAGCCCGGCUCAGGUCACAGAUGGUAGAGUACCUGUCGGGUGGACGAUAGCGUACUAUGAGCUUCUCGUCGCGGGUGCAGUUGGCUUCUACUUUUUGCUCUGGCCGUUGACAGAGUCCCCAUUGGCACUUGCUUCUUUUGCAGCGAGUUCCAAGUAGAUCUUAUUUAGUCCAUUGUUUUAUAUAUCUAUGAUGAUGAUACAUACGGAGGUCAGCAAUUAUAUAUACGCUAGCAUUUAAUCAUCAAUUUGGGUGUUCACCUAUCAACUUAAUGGCUAUUGUGUAGGCCGUUCUGUCGUUAGUAAAUAAUAGAAACAUCAGCAGCAUCAACUUUCAGGUAUUAUCCAUCAUUGAUAAUGUUGGGUUUUCGAUGUUAUGGGAAUUUGGG